UACAUUAUAGAGAUAAGAUUCAACUCAAAAGCUUCUGAAACAAACCCACUUUUUCUUCUUCUCCAUUCGUCCAUAGCCACAUUUUUGCAUAGCUCCAAAAAAGGUGCAGAUACCAUCUCUUGUUCAAAUCUGACAAUGUUGGUGUCCUCACGACCUUCUCUCUCUGAUACCUCUUCUCUCUCAUCUCGCUCUUUCCUCAGCCCUUUUCCGCUUCCUGCCCAUAAUUCAAACGCCUCCAGCCCUUCGAAAUUGUUGAAUAGUAAAGACACUUUUAUUGACCAUAAAAGGAUAAGCCACUUUCUUAAUUGUCAAGCAAGAAAGAUACAUGCAUGCUAGUGAUGGUGGUGGCAAAAUUGGAGUUUCCAACUAAUGUUAGCCACAUUUUUUGACUAAAUUGAUAAGGUUGUUGAUAUCUUAAUUGGUAAGAAAGACUCCAUGCAUGCAUACAAAGGAGGUUGAGAAAUUCAAGUUUUCUUUCUCCAUUUACUUGACAAGCCAAAUGUGUAGAGAAUUCUAGCAAAUAAAGGUGGUAGAACUUUAACUCUUCCAAGCAAUUAUGGAGGUUAAAAUUCUCUAUAAAUAUGGGCAAGAGUUUAAGAGAAAAGGGUGUGUCAUAUGGAGAGGAAAAAUUAAGAGAGAAAAUUGUGAGGUAGAGAGAAGAGAAGAGAGAAAAUUUAUUGUUUUUUCUCCUAAGUUUUUUUUUCUACUUGUUUUCUCCUAUUACAAGAGAGAUUAUUCGUUGUUAUCUCCUUGUAUUUAGAGAGAUUGUUGUAAUUCUCCUACUAUAGUGAACCUCUCAUACUUGCCCGUGGACGUAGCCUAAAUUGGGUGAACCACGUAAAUACCUGUGUCCAUUUUUAGCUGUGUUUUCUCAAUUCCAUUAUUUGUCAACCAAACUCAACCCACGCGUUUUCUACCCAACAGAAAUCAUCAGUCACCCCAAUUCAGUGUGGACUUCGUGAACUUUGGGAACGUAUUGAUUCUGUCAAGAACACCCAGAAAAUCACUGAGGCUAUGAAGCUUGUGGCUGCUGCUAAAGUGAGAAGAGCACAAGAAGCUGUGGUCAAUGCUAGGCCUUUUUCUGAAACUCUUGUUGAAGUUCUUUACAAUAUCAAUGAGCAACUCCAAACUGAGGAUGUCGACAAUCCUCUCACCAAGGUUACGCCUGUCAAGAAGGCGGCGCUUGUUGUUGUCACUGGUGAUCGAGGUCUCUGCGGUGCUUUCAACAAUUUGAUCAUCAAAAAGGCUAAGGCCCGUGUAAGAGAAUUGAAGCAACUCGGUCGCGAAUACACUGUGAUCAGUGUUGGUAAGAAGGGUAAUUCAUAUUUUCUCCGUAGGCCAUAUAUCCCAGUCGAUAAGUUCCUUGAAGGUAGUAAUCUUCCUACUGCUAAAGAAGCUCAGGCAAUAGCUGAUGACGUUUUUUCGUUAUUUGUAAGUAAAGAGGUUGAUAAGGUUGAGUUUCUUUAUACAAAGUUUGUGUCAUUGGUUAAAUCUGAUCCAGUGAUCCAUACCUUGCUUCCAUUAUCACCAAAAGGAGAAAUUUGUGAUGUGAAUGGGGUUUGUGUGGAUGCAGCUGAAGACGAGUUCUUUAGGUUGACAACAAGGGAAGGGAAAUUAACUGUGGAAAGGGAUGUCAUAAGGACUCAGACAACGGAAUUUUCGCCAAUUUUGCAAUUCGAGCAGGAUCCUGUGCAAAUUCUUGAUGCUCUGCUGCCACUAUACUUGAACAGUCAAAUCUUGAGAGCAUUACAGGAAUCACCAUCCAGUGAACUUGCUGCUAGGAUGAGUGAGAUGAGCAAUGCUACUGAUAAUGCAGUCGAAUUGAAGAAAACAUUGUCUCGAGUAUACAACAGACAACGUCAAGCAAAGAUUACUGGAGAGAUAUUGGAGAUUGUUUCUGAAGCCAAUGCUUUGACCUGAGUACAGUUCUUAAAUUCUUGGUCCCUCAUAAUUAUGCUUCUCUGUCAGGUAUUUAUUUUUAUGGGAGAUUCCAUUUUUAUUCCUAUCGUGCUUGUUUAAGAGAAAAAGUACGUUGGAUUAGAUAAAUUUUAUUAUAAUUCUCUUCUCAACUGCAAGAUGAGGAUCUCCAUGUAUUUUGAAACGUAAAGAGUAUUCACUCUA